GCAGGCUGGGAUGAUAAUUGCAUGUCUAUGGGCAGAGCGCGAACGCACCGCUGGUUCUCGCUGUAUACACCGAGCCCCACAAAUCUCUGUGUUCCUCUUAUAACAUGAGGAAUUUAAUACAGAGAUAGAUUUUUACACAGAAGAGCCCCUCUACGUCGUGCUUAUCCACUGGAAAGACCUCCCUAUUCUCCGCCUGGAAGUCUUGCCGUGGAGCGGUUGUCUCACAGGCCGCGGAUCUGGUCUUGUUGCUGGGAGGAGACCAUUCAGACUCCCUGCUAGCAUUAUUAGCUGGCUAGGAUGCGUCGCUGCUGCUGGUGUAUUUUCCACACGGCAGGCCACUGUACAGCGAGGCAGCUCCUCGGUUAAUUGUUUACCCCGACGGAUCUGAAGGGUGACUUGGAAACACACCACACCUUUCAAGGAUGGAUGUUGAUUUUUGUGCUGGUGGGGACAGUACCAGGAGGAAGGUGGAUUUGGCUGGGGUUGCAGAAGGCACAAUGGAUGUUUUACCAUUGGAGAUGUACGACUCUGCCAGAGCAAAAAUAGCUGCCAACCUGCGGUGGCUGUUUGCCAAGGCCUAUGGCAUUGACCAUAUUCCAGAAGACUUAAGGGACCCGUUCUACACAGACCAGUAUGACCAGGAACACAUAAAGCCUCCUGUCAUCCGCCUACUGCUUUCCUGUGAGCUCUACUGCCGUGUCUGCACCCUCAUCCUCAAGACAGAGCAGGCAGCUUCUCUUAAGUCCCACCAGUCUGUCAUCCAAGCUCUGUCCAGGAAGGGCAUUUAUGUCGUGGAGAGUGAUGAUACACCCGUCACAGAGGCAGAUCUGGCCUGUGUGCCCAUCAAAAUGAGUGCUCACAUGCCAAUGAUCGAUGCCCUGAUGAUGGCCUACACAGUGGAGAUGAUCAGCAUUGAGAAAGUGGUGGCUUCCGUCAAGCGCUUCUCUACCUUCAGUGCCUCCAAGGAGCUGCCCUUUGACCUAGAGGACGCCAUGGUCUUCUGGAUCAACAAGCUGAACAUGAAGAUGAGGGAGAUUACAGAAAGGGAGCACAAAGUCAAGCACCACCCGUUGGAGUCCCCCAGCCACCAAAAGGUGAGGUAUCGCCGGGAGCACGCCUCAGGCCGUCAGCUUCCCUUCUUCCCACUGCUGGAAGAGCUGAUGAGGGAUGUUUGUGACGGAGCUGCGCUGCUCACCGUGGUCCACUACUACUGCCCAGACCUCAUGAAGCUGGAGGAUAUUUGCCUGAAGGAAGUGCCCUCCAUCGCUGAUAGCCUGUACAACAUCCAGCUGCUCAGAGAGUUUGCCAACGAGUAUCUGAAUAAAAGUUUCUAUCUGACAACAGAGGACAUGCUCUAUUCGCCGCUUGUGCUCAAGCAUAAUGUGAUGGUGUUCAUUGCUGAACUCUUCUGGUGGUUUGAGACUGUCAAACCAGAGUUUGUUCAGCCCAGAGAUCUCCAAGAGUUUAAAGAUGCUCGAGCCAUAGCUCAGCCCAAGAGUGCCCGUCCAUCAGUGCCCAUCUCCAAUGCCACCAAGCGCAGCUUCCUGGCCAGCCCCGGCGUGGCCGAUAACCAGAGCAGCCCUGAAGUCUGUAACAGUAAAGGGGGUCCAACCUUCAGUCCUUCCCACCCACUUCUGCCCCUGAGACAGAGGCAGCAGAAGCAGCAAGGAGACGAUGGUGCAGGUCUGAGAAACCGUUCAAACUCCCUGACUCAGAUGGACGGACAACCCAGAGGCUCUGUUGUUGCAUGGCCCGACAAAAGGCAAAGACCACUGUCCACACUGAGCCCCUACAUGUUGCAUUCAGCCACAGACAGUGAUGCAGACAUGGCCUCUGGUGACAGUGUGAGUCUGGCUCGCUCCAUAAGUAAGGACAGCCUGGCGUCCAAUGUCAUCAACGUCACUCCCAAACAUCAGACUUCUGUCCACCAGCCCUCACAGGCUGCAAUUCGCAGAGUCAACGGCCACGGCCUGCUGGGCAGUGCCAAUGCUGAGUAUGAGGAAGAAACUCUGGUGGCAGUCGCAAGGACUGAUGGUCCUGUCACCCCCAAACGGGUUGAUGGGACACAAGCAACUGCCACUGCAGGAUCUAAACCUUCCACGAGCUCCAAACCUGAACCAGAUAGCUUUUACCUAGAACCACUGAUGCCUGCCGUGCUCAAAACGGCUAAAGAGAAGUCUGUAUGCCUAAAUAAGGAGGAGGAGAGUGGGGAGGGGCCCCGCUCCUCUGGAAGGGGGUCUUUACGCCGAGGAGAUGGAUCUACAUCGGCCGUUCGUAGGAAAGCACCCUGCACCCUAAACCAAACCUUUACCCCGCCAGGUGAGGAUGCAGACUUGUCAGAGGAUCUUCCCCAGGGUCAGGCAGGUUUCAGACCCACUGUCACUAGCAGUGUGGACCCAUCAGCCAGAGAGCCAGCUGGAGGCUUCUACCUGCAUUCUGAAUCUGAGGAACCAAAGCCUGGCCAGGGUCUGGAUGCUGAGCUGGAAGACCUGGAUGAAGAGGAAGAGGAUUUGGAUGAAGCAAUUACCACUAAAGACCCCAAUUGGUCCAGGAAAGCCUUUGAUGAGGAAGAUGAAGAAGAGGAAUCAGCCAAACUCCAAGAGGAUAUGAAUGUGAAAGAGCACGAGGACAAAGACUUGAAUGGCGGCAGUGGUCGUUCCAGCCCCUGUCUCAGCGCUCACUCCCAGGCCAGCAGCAUGGCCAGUGGCAGUGUGCGCAUGACCUCCUUCGCAGAACGCAAAGCUCAGCAGCAGCGCUUCGGCAGCAACCACGACCUACGCUCCAGUGCCUCAAGCUCCCAAAGGACCACUCCAGAUGGAUCAGAGAGCAGCGGACCCCUAGCAUCCUCCUGGAGACUUAAAAGAGACCAGAGCCCCUCCUCUCCCCUGGGAGGAUGCACUCGCACAGGCGAUGGUAGUGGUGGUGCUAAUAUACUGGCCUCUGAAAUUGUCCAGCUCCGUAUGCAGCUGGAGGAGAAGCGACGUGCCAUCGAGCAUCAGAAGAAGAAGAUGGAGGUGCUGUCAGCGAGGCAGAGGCAGAAGCUGGGAAAGGCAGCUUUCCUGCACAUCGUAAAGAAAGGUGGGGGCAAGAGUGACACAUUACCCAACCCGCUUAAAGCUGACAUCUCUAAAGAUGAGCUCAAUGGGGAAAAAGGACCAUCAAGUAAAGAUGACACGUGUGUUGAUGCCCUGAGGGGAGACAAAGAGGUGGAGGGAACCACCCCACCAGGUGCCUUAGAAGCAGACAAGAAAGGAAACAGUGGAAGCUUCUAUCUAGAGGAAGAGUUGGACCUGAAUGAGUGCAGCCGCUCCAUUGAGCUGCUGAACGAAGCCAUCGGCAGCAUCCAGCAGCAGAUGAUGCAGCUGUCACUGCAGCAGGAGAUGUUGAUGAAACAGAAUGUACAGUCCCCCCCUGGUGCAGCUCCACCUCCUCUCACCAGUGACAAAAACUCUGACUCGAAGGCGGGGGCAAGCUUUCAUUAUGUGGAGCACCUCGCUGGGACUGGCACUGCCCCCACCAGGAAACCCCCCAAGCUGAGCUCAGGCCGGAGCUCCAGAUCCAAACCAUCAGAGCUAAAAAUAGCAAAGGAGCAAGGCCGGCAAGCCUCCAGGACCCACACCCCCACCCAGAGUGCGUCAGAGACGUUACCACAUCCAAGGCAGUUAGCUGGGGGCAGGUCCCCCAGGGCCGAGCAGCCUGACCAGUCCCAGAAAAGCACAACAGGAGAGACAAUCGACAGGCCAGGCUCUGGUCACGUUCGGAGCGCCACCUUCCGGCUUCAUGACGAGGCAAACAUGCGCCUGCCGACCCGAUGUCCUUUGACUGAGUGCCUGUCCAGCACCAUGAGAGAGUCUGAGCUCAAUUCUUCAGACGGUUCAGGGAAAGAGAAUAUACCAUCAGAGGAGGUGCAGCGCAGCAAAGCCCACCUGAUUGAGGUUGAUCUGUCAGAGCUGAAAGCUCCAGAGGAAGAGGAGGCUGCUGAGGACACAACAGCAGAAGGAGGUGAUGGAGAGCAGAAGUCAGUCAUGGGCUUCUUCUUCAAGGAUGAGCAGAAGGCAGAGGAUGAGCUUGCUAAGAAGAGAGCAGCGUUCUUGCUGAAGCAGCAGAAGAAAGCUGAGGAGGCUCGACUCCGCAAACAACAACUGGAAGCUGAAUCUGAGCUGAAACGAGAUGAAGCAAGACGGAAGGCUGAGGAGGAUCGCCUGCGCAAAGAGGAGGAGAAGACACGGCGGGAGCUGAUAAAGCAGGAGUAUCUGCGGAGGAAGCAGCAGGAGAUGUUUGAGGAGCAAGGCCUGGUGAAGCCCAAAACCCCCAAACCGAAGCAGAAACACAGACCCAAGUCUGUCUUCAGAGAGGAGUCCUCCAGCGACAAUUUCUCCAAGUGCUCUUCCACACCUGACAGCCUGAGCAACGCCCAAUCAGGCUCCAGUCUGUCUCUGGCCUCUGCUGCGACCAACGAGGCUGACAGCGUCAACUCUGGAGGAGCUGGCUCCCAGCGCUGUGACUCCGUGGAGUCGUUUCCAGGCAGUCGUAACAACAGUCGAACUGCAGAAAGAGACUGGGACAACGGCUCCACUGCAUCUUCUAUCACUUCCAUGGCUGAAUAUACUGGUCCCAAACUGUUCAAGGAGCCCAGCGCCAAGUCAAACAAGCCAAUCAUCCACAAUGCAAUCUCUCACUGCUGCCUGGCUGGCAAAGUCAACGAGCCCCAGAAGAACCAGAUCCUUGAGGAGUUGGAGAAGUGUGAGUCCAACCAUCUGAUGAUCCUGUUUCGUGACGGCGGCUGUCAGUUCAGGGCGCUCUACUCGUACUUCCCCGACACCGAGGAGAUCCAGAAGCUGACCGGCACCGGACCCAAGAGCAUCAGCAAGAAGAUGAUCGACAAGCUGUACAAGUACAGCUCAGACCGUAAACAGUUCACCGUCAUUCCUGCCAAGACUGUGUCAGUCAGCGUGGACGCCCUGACCAUCCAUAACCACCUGUGGCAGGCCAAGAGAAGUGCUGUGCCAAAGAAAAGUGUAAAAUAGCAGGCGAGGAUUUUUAACCCUCUGUCAUCCAGAUCAUUUUAUCCCCAUCUUGCUUGUGUCCUGAAUAGACUGCAUUGAUGCUCACAGCCAAGCUCACCGCCAUGCUCGGUCUGGAAAACCUACUCAGGAGAGGCCACGUCUGUGAACAUGUGGUCAUCUGUAGGUGGACCAAGGCAAAAACAAGGGAACAGGUAUGUGUGUGUGUGCGCGUGUGUGUGUGUCACAGGUGGUCUGAGGGACUGGUGCUUGCAACAAAAAAAAGAGGAAUGCCGGCUGAAUCUGCUUCUUCUCCCUGUGAUCUCAGUGCGAUCUGUUCAGGUUUCUUUGGGUCCGGCUCUGUUUUUUUUCUACGACGACCGCGACUCAAGCAUGUGGCUUUUUUUUUUCUCUGUCUGUCUCAUACGUGGUGGAUGCUCAUUUUUUUUUUUACAUGAAGUAUUUAUUAGUUCAGCACUGUCAUGGUCGAGAGCUCAGCUGCAGCACUAAAAUCCUUCCUUCUCUCCGGAAAGCGCCUCUCCUUUGGACUAAUAUGGACAAAAGGUUUGGACGUCGGGGUGGGUGUUUUCUGACGCUCUUUUCAGAAAAUCCGAAGCAAAGGGGACCUUUGUACGACCCUUUAGGACUGUUGGACCGCUCUGCUGUCCCGACAAAUACAACAAUCUUCUUCCUGUGUGGACUGUCGAAUCUGUCGAAUCAGGCUGGCAUUGCCGAUUUUUGCCUCACCAGGGAUCUCCAAAAAAAAAAAGGACAAAAAACCUGCUGCUCUGAACUGUCGUCUUCUUUUUGUCACGGGGGUGGGAGCUUCUCAGGUCUCUCCCCCCCCUCCCUCAGACAUCCGUUGGCCUUUUCACGCAUCGUGGUACUAUCGUCUAUUUAUUCAACCGCUUUUUAAACUAGAUGCUGAUCGUGUAGCACUGGAUAUGUGUACAACAACAAAAAAAAAAAAAGAAAAAAAUGUUAACGACAGUCAUUUUAAAUACUUUUAUUCGUUAAAACAUCCUUUUUUCCGAGGGUGUGAAAAGAGGGUGAAUGAUAGGCUUUGGUACAGAAAUGAUGCUUUUUUUGUUUUGUUUUAGCUUUUUUUUAAUUAUUAUUAUUAAAGCAAUGUGGUAUAGAGUUUGAGCUGAUGUUAUGUGUUUUCAUCAUAACGGGAAUUCUCUGAUGUUUAGAGCUUAGUUGUGUUUUUCUCUCUUUCUCCACUGGGCACUCUUGAAUUGUCCUGUAUAAAGGUGCACUCAUGAACACACGUCGACAGCUUCUUUCAUGUAAUGUAACUCCCUCCCCUCCCCUUUAACCCCCUCCCUCCUCCCCCGCCCUCCCCCUCGUGUGUUUUGUCAGCCUGUCCCAUCUUAAACUACGAGAGCGGCACACACAUACAUAGACACACUCUUGUUCUGAAGAGUGUUUUCUGUUGCCGCUCCGUACCUGGUUCGAAUGACAGUAUUUGAUAUAUUCACAAAGGGGGGUUUCUGUGUGCGGGCGGGUUGGCUGGGGGGGUGGGGGGCUGUGGUUCAGUUAUGUACCAACAUUAAAGAACAUUCCUCCAAGGUGUUGACAGACACUGCCACGUCGUCUCUCUCUUCUUCUCUCUGUCUUUAAAAAUAAUCAAAGUGCUUUUUAAAAAAGAAACCGUUUGUUGGCCUCGAGAACAACCAGAAGUGUUGCACGAGCACUUUACUUUCUGUUUGUUUGGGUGGGGGGGUUUUACCUUUUCGGAAUGGGCAUCAAAACUAAAAACUAAUUAAUAAUACUGCUGUUGUGCACUCAGUAAAGUGUGAGAACUAAACCAAACACUAAGAUUUAAUACUGGACACGUAAAUCUGAAGGGCCUCUCCACUGAUAUGUUACUACUGCUGUCUCCAAAAACAACAGAAUACUUGAUUUCUCAUUUGCUGCAUUUUGAUGUUUUUGGGGGUGUGGGUGGGUGGGUGGGAGGUGGUAGGUCUUUAAUUGUAUGUGAGUGUAUUUUUAUGUUCAACUAAAAGAUUGUAUUGGCAUUUGGUCACCAUUUUGUUACACUAGUGUACUUUUCAUCCCUGUUGAUUUUAUCUUUGAUCCCAUGCCAUCUAUUUAUUUUAAAAUGGAAGCACUGAAACUGAAUAAAUUUUCAAGUAAAUAAAAGUCACAUUUUUUCAUUUUUA